AUGGCUGAAUCACGUGAAGAUUGUGUCUUCCUUUCUAAACUUGCUGAACAAAGUGAAAGAUAUGAUGAAAUGGUUCAAUACAUGAAACAAGUUGCUGCUCUUAAUACUGAAUUAUCAGUUGAAGAAAGAAAUCUUCUUUCAGUUGCUUAUAAGAAUGUUAUUGGAUCAAGAAGAGCUUCAUGGAGAAUUAUUACUUCUCUCGAACAAAAAGAACAAGCUAAAGGAAAUGAUAAACACGUUGAAAUCAUUAAGGGAUAUAGAGCUAAAAUUGAAGAUGAACUUGCUAAAUAUUGUGAUGAUGUUCUUAAAGUAAUUAAAGAAAACCUUCUUCCAAAUGCUUCUACUUCUGAAAGCAAAGUCUUUUAUAAGAAGAUGGAAGGUGAUUAUUAUAGAUAUUAUGCUGAAUUUACUGUAGAUGAAAAGAGACAAGAAGUUGCUGACAAAUCUCUUGCUGCUUAUACUGAAGCUACAGAAAUUUCUAAUGCUGAUCUUGCUCCAACUCAUCCAAUUAGACUUGGUCUUGCUCUUAAUUUCUCUGUUUUCUAUUAUGAAAUUAUGAAUGAUGCUGACAAAGCCUGCCAACUUGCUAAACAAGCAUUUGAUGAUUCUAUUGCUAAACUUGAUGAAGUACCAGAAUCAUCUUAUAAGGAUUCUACUCUUAUUAUGCAACUCUUAAGAGAUAACUUAACUCUUUGGACUUCAGACACUGCUGAUGAAGAAUAA